AUGCAGAAAGACAAGGCCAAAGAUAACUAUAGCUUUGGUGUUGCGGAUAUUUGUACUCUCUCUACUGGGUUGGAAGAUGCUAACAUUCGAGAUAUUCCGGGAAUAGCAAAAAUUCUUGGAACAAUGGUUUCCUUGGUUGGGGUUAUGACCAUGAAAAUAUACAAAGGACCUGUUGUGAAAAACUUAGGGCUUACUCUCAUCUACAUCGACAGAGGGAACGGUGUUGUCCACUCGAACUGGUUGAAAGGCUCGAUUCUCACUGCUGCUAGCUGCAUUACAUGGUCAAUAUGGUACAUCAUGCAGGCUUACACUUUGAGAGGAUAUCCAGCACAACUGUCACUGACUACAUGGAUGAGUUUUAUCGGUGCAACACAAUCAGGUUUCUACACAGAAAUAGUGGUCUCUGGUUUAGUAGUCUACAUGCAACUCUGGUGCACUGAGCAAAAGGGACCUAUUUUCGCAAUGGUGUUCAACCCACUCUCAACCAUACUAGUUGCAGUUCUAGCAUAUUUCGUCCUUGGUGAAAAGCUCUAUACAGGCAGUGAAAAUUCUGGCUCCGCCACUGGUCUCUGCCCUUCAUAUGGUGAGAAACAACAUGACUUCCAUACCUAA